GGCGCUCACUGCCGCACAGCCUCGCUGACGCGCGAUGCCUCGAUUCACCGUCCACAUCCGAGAUGAAUGGCUGGCGGUGUCCUGCCGGGACACCUCCAACACCAUCCAGUGGCUCGGACAGGAAGCCCUGAAACGGUACAUGAAGAACAAGCCGGACAACGGUGGCAUCGGGUCUGUGAAAGAGACGCGCUUCUUUGUGCGCAGGUGCCAAGGUUUGGGUUUGUUGGACGCAGAGGACACCAUCGAUGAUGUGCUGGAGGAUAAUGACUUUGUUGAGCUUGCUAUCGAAGGAGACACUAUGUCUUCAGACUUUAUUCCCUGUGAGCCUGGAGUUUCUAAUAUCACAGCAGCAUAUAAAGAACCUGCAGAAUACAUUAGUUUGGAUGGCAACAGCCUGACCUCCACAGAUCUGGUCAAUUUAGGCCGAGGACUCUACAAGAUAAAGCUGACUGAAGAGGCAGAGAGAAAAGUUGUGCAAUCACGAGAACUUUUGGACACCAUUGUCAAAGAAAACAAAGUCGUUUAUGGAAUCACGACAGGUUUUGGCAAAUUUGCCCGAACCGUCAUCCCUGUCAGCAAGCUCAAGGAGCUCCAGGAAAACUUGGUGCGGUCCCACUCGGCAGGGCUGGGGAACCCGCUGAGCCCUGAGAGGACCCGCAUGCUGCUCGCUCUGCGGAUCAAUGUUUUAGCUAAAGGCUACAGCGGGAUUUCUCUGGAAACCCUUCAAGCCAUGAUCCAAGCCUUCAAUGCUUCCUGCCUGUCCUUCGUUCCAGAGAAGGGAACUGUUGGAGCAAGUGGAGACUUGGCCCCCCUCUCACACCUCGCAUUGGGACUGAUGGGGGAGGGGAAAAUGUGGUCCCCCAAGAGCGGAUGGGCAGAUGCCAAAUAUGUCCUGGAGGCCCACGGACUAAAGCCAAUAUCUCUGAAACCCAAAGAGGGCCUUGCUCUGAUCAACGGUACCCAGAUGAUCACCUCUUUAGGAGCCGAGGCUGUGGAGCGCGCCCAGGCCAUCGCCCAGCAGGCGGACAUCGUCGCCGCUCUUACUCUGGAGGUGCUGAAGGGAACCACUAAGGCCUUUGACAGCGACAUCCAUUCCCUGCGACCCCACCCAGGACAGACGGAGGUCGCGCUACGCUUUCGCUCGCUGCUGGACUCUGAUCACCAUCCAUCUGAGAUUGCAGAGAGCCACAGGUUCUGUGACAGAGUCCAGGACGCCUACACCAUGCGCUGCUGUCCUCAGGUCCAUGGAAUCGCAAAUGACACCAUAAAGUUUGUGCAGAACAUCAUCAACACAGAAAUCAACAGCGCAACGGACAACCCUAUGGUAUUUGCAGAACGAGGUGAAACCAUUUCAGGUGGGAACUUCCAUGGAGAAUAUCCAGCAAAGGCUCUAGACUUUCUAUGCAUCGCUGUCCAUGAGCUGGCUUCCAUCAGUGAAAGGAGGAUCGAGAGGUUAUGUAACCCCUCCCUGAGCGAGCUGCCUGCCUUCCUUGUGAACGAGGGGGGCCUCAACUCAGGGUUCAUGAUUGCUCACUGCACUGCUGCUUCUUUAGUUUCAGAAAACAAAGUUUUAUGCCAUCCUUCGUCUGUGGACUCCUUGUCCACAAGUGCAGCUACAGAAGACCAUGUUUCCAUGGGAGGCUGGGCCGCUCGGAAAGCUCUGAGGGUGGUGGAGCACGUGGAGCAAGUGCUUGCCAUAGAGCUGCUAGCCGCCUGUCAGGGUAUCGAAUUCCUCCGUCCGCUCCGUACCACCACCCCCCUGGAAAAGGUCUAUGACCUGGUGCGUUCGGUUGUCAGGCCCUGGAUUAAAGACCGGUUCAUGUCUCCAGACAUCGAAGCCGUUCACCGUCUCCUAGUUGACCAGAAGGUGUGGAACGUGGCCAAGCCUUACAUUGACAAGUAUCAGAGAGAAUAUGUCCCAGAGUCUCGACCCUGUUCUCCCACCGCCUUUUCCUUGGACACCCCAGCAUCACCCAGGAAGCGUUUCCGUCAUGAGUGAAACGGGCCCUAAAAUUCAGUUACUUGGAAUCAUAACCAAGGAGCAUAAUGAGGAUGAAUUAUUGGUAAAACCCUGUAAAGUUCCUCAUUUGACAGUCAGAUUUGUUCCUAACUCUGCAACACACAUUACCGUUGGCUUAUUUCUCUUGGAAAUGAUCAUCUGUUGAACAUCUUUAUAUUUUUCCCUACCAUACAGAAAUAAAACCUGUAUUCCUCACGCUUACUGUUGCUAAUGCAGUUUUUAUAGCUUCUUUACUUUUUCAUCUUUUAAAGGGACAUUGUGUAACAAUUUCUCUUUUUUACCGCCUGAAAUCGAUGACCUGCACUAAUAAUCAGAUGCAUUUUCAAAAGCCAACAAUUUUAGUUAGUUUAUACAUAAGGCUGAUCAUCUGUUUGCAAAGCGCCAUGACAGUUUGUCAUCGUGAAUCUAAAGACGCUGGCGACGAACAAAGUAGCAGUAACGCACGGAAUAACAGCAUGUAGCUAAGAGGCGAUAGUGAAGAUAAUCUGGAGAUGCUAACCCAACAACUUCUGAAGGACUGUAGCACAAUGCAGGACCAUGCAUGUGCAGCAGCACAAAAAAAUCCCCAAGAAAGUGGAAAAGAAUAAGACAUUUAAAACGACUGUAACCUGUACUGCUUUAUGAAUCAUGAGGGAUGGAUGGAUGAUGAUCUAUCCAUCAUCAUCCAUCCUGCCUACCAUAGAAAGCAUAACAGUAGAUCCUGCAAACAUACAUUGCUUGUAUAGAAUGGUAGGUUCACAAAGCCUACCAGCAAAGCUAAAUGUGUUAAAUGUGAGUUUAAAGGAAUAGUACACCCAAAACAUGAUUAGCCUUCAUUUUCUACUCACCCCCAUGCUGAA